AUGGGCGUCUUCUAUGAAACCAUUCCCAAUAGUCUAGUGCCAUGGAUCAAAGAACAGCAAAUGCUCUGGGUGGGCACAGCACCGUUGUCAGGCGAAGGCCACAUCAACAUCUCACCUAAAGGAGGUCAGAACUUUGGCAUCCUAGAUGAGCGGACGUUCUGGUAUAUGGAUCUUACAGGAAGUGGGGUGGAGACACACGCGCAUCUUCACGAACCAGGAAAUGGGAGGAUCUGCGUCAUGUUCAUGGCCUUUACUGGUCCCCCCAAGAUCGUCCGCAUAUGGGGCACCGGGCGCCCUCUCGAAAACGGCACAGCAGAGUACUCGGCCUUUGUCUCCGACCACAAAGUCGAAACUAUCCCGGGUUCCCGUAGCAUCAUCAUUGUUGACGUGCAUCAAUGCGGCACAAGCUGCGGAUUCUCAGUCCCGUACUACGACUUUGUUGGCCAUCGCGACAUCUUGAACGAGCAUUUUAGGAAGAAGGAAGAAAAGGCCAAGAAAGGAGAUGAGAAGGAGAGCAUAGACUACUACUGGGCGUGGAAGAGUCAACUGAGCAUUGAUGGGCUGCCUGGUAUGAGACGGGGGUAUGAGUAUGCGCAGAAACACGGGGUUAAGCCGUUGAAGAAGAUGGUGGGGCCGUAUGCACCGGGAGCGGAGAAGGGGGUGAGGGGAAGCAGCAACGGGGUGGAUCCGAUGUAUUUAUUUGUAGUGUUGCUGCUAGGAGUAGUUAUCGGUGGGGCGAUGGCGUUGAGUGUCGUUACGCCCGAGAGGUUGAGGGCAUUGCAAGAGAAGGGAAUGGUUGUAUGA